UGCUCGCUGGUACGGAUAGAACUUCUGUGUUUACAUCCUCACACUACGUAUUUCCUGUUCCACUGCAUUCCAGUCUCCAAUGUCCGAUGGAGUCGCAGAACAAGUGAAGAAAUUUGUGUUUAAAUCGGUCAAUAGUAGGGGUGGAGAAAGUGACGUAGAGUCUUUGGAAAUAUUCAUUCCAGAGCAAUUGCAAGCCAGUUACAGUUUCUACACUUGGCCAGCUGCUCCAGUUCUUGCUUGGUUUCUUUGGGAACAUCGCCGAGAGCUACCGGGCAAACGCAUCCUUGAAUUAGGAUCUGGAACUGCGUUGCCUGGAAUUGUCGCUGCAAAAUGUGGUGCAGUCGUAACCUUAACAGAGUGUGCUAGUCUUCCAAAAAGUUUACAGCACGUGAAACAUUGUUGUGAUGUGAAUGGACUUCAGCCAAGUCAAGUGCGAAUUUUAGGGUUAACUUGGGGCCUUUUUCUAAGUACUAUUUUUUCUUUAGGUCCAAUAGACUUAAUUUUGGGUUCAGAUUGCUUCUAUGAACCAUCUGUUUUUGAAGAUAUUGUUGUGACUGUGGCAUACUUAUUAGAGAAAAAUCCACAUGCAAGAUUCUUGUGCACCUAUCAAGAGCGAAGUGCAGAUUGGUCUAUUGAACAUUUAUUGCACAAGUGGAGAUUACAGUGUGAACAUAUUCCUUUGAGUAAUUUGGGAGCAGAAUCUGGAAUAGACAUAAAUGAAUUGGUGAGAGAUCAUACGAUACAUUUACUAGAAAUAACACGUGCCUGAUUGUUGUAUUAAUUGUUAAUAAAAUGGCUUCCAGACCUUUGCACAAACUUUUUGUUGGCAAUUUACCAUGGACUGUCUGUCAUUCAGAACUCAAGAAAUAUUUUUCUGAAUUUGGACAUUUAGUUUCUGCUAAUGUAAUUUUCAAUAAAGAAACUGGAAUGUCCAGGGGAUAUGGUUUUGUUAUCUUUAGUACAAAGGGUGGUUAUGACAAUGCUAUAAAUCGAACUAAACAUAAUUUAGAAGGAAAUAAUAUUGUAGUUCAACCGAGUAACUAGUCCACUGUGACAAUCAAUGCGUACGUAGUUAUGGAUGAUCUUCUUAGACUGAUUUAAUCAUUCAAGGACUUUCAGUAGAAAUAAGGUAUCAUGGCAGACACAGGAGAAAACUCUGUAAGUCUGACUGAGGCUUUUGAACGAGCAGCCAAUCAUAUGAAGACUCUUGUUGGUCAAUUAGGGAAUGACAAGCUCCUGGAGUUGUAUGCCUACUACAAGCAAGCCAAGGAGGGGCCAUGCUGCAUUCCGAGACCUCAUUGGUUUGAACUCACAGCAAAACAAAAGUGGGAGGCUUGGAAAGAACUUGGGAAUAUGGAUCAAGAGACUGCAAUGAAAAAUUAUAUCAGUUCAGUAUCUGCCUUGGACCCAGGAUGGGAGCUGCGAUACUCAAAGGAACAAACAGAAGACAAAGAGAAUGCUGUGCACAACAUAGGAUGGGUAUCUGUCAGCUGCCUUCCAAAUACAGAUGACUAUAUUGCAGAUGAUGAUAAGACUGUAUUCGAUUGGGUGAAAGAAGGCAAUAUAGAUAAGGUUUUAGAACUUGCUCAGAAGCAAACUGUUUUUGCUGCUGUUGAUGAUCUGGAUGAUUGUGGUAUGGGUCUUAUUCACUGGGCUGCUGAUAGAGGGAGCCUGUCGGUUUGCAAAGGCCUUUUAGAAAGGUUGAAAGCCAAUGUUGAUCUUCAAGAUGGAGAUGGUCAGACUGCAUUACAUUACGCAUCGUCAUGUGGCCAUAUUGAUAUCGUUAAGUAUCUUUUAGAAAAUGGAGCUGACAAGAAUAUAACUGACAGUGAGGGAUCCUUACCUCUGGAUGUUGCUUCAGAUGCAGAAAUUGAACAUAUUCUCAAGUUGUGAAGUUGCAGGUGGUUGUCAUUUUUUGUUUGUUUUUGUUUUCAUUGCAUUGGAAAUAUAGAGCAUUUUCUCUGUGACUUGUUUCAUUUUAUAUUGUGUUCCAUUUCCUGAUUCCUGAAGUUCUGUAGAGGAAAUUUACAUUAUUUCAAAUUUCCUCUACAUUACUCCUAAACAAAUUUACAUUAUUUGAAAUGUAUAUGUACAGCACUUCAGUUUAAAGUUCUUUGGGAUAGAACUGAAGUAGUUGACAAAAUUCUGUGUUGUAUUCUCAUUUAGUCUUGUGUUAAUUUAAUAAUUCUUUUAGUGUUCAUAAAAGCCCAUGAUAUUUUAGUUCCCACUUUUUUUUUCUUUUUUCCCCCCUGUUCUUUGCUGAUUGACUUUUAAAAAUUAUUUGUGCAGUUUUUCUAAGAUUUUUGACGUGCAAAAAAUUAGUAUCUUUUGAAAAGAUGUAGUAAUUAUAAAUUAUUAUUUAAGUAACUUGAAAUAAACAAAUUAACAUUAAUGUGUAAAAGUGAUUUUGCUACACUUCAAUUUGUUUUCAUGAGGUAUCAUUAUACAUUGAAAUGCCUAGAUAAUAGAAGUUAAAUUAAAUUUUUUAGUAAUUUUUGAGUCAAGUCUAAUAAUUUGUGAAUUACAUCAGUCUCUUCACUUCAUGGUGCAAGAAUGAAUCCAGUGCAAGUUUUAUUGUGAAGGAGUAAACAAGACUAUAUUAGCAUUUGUUUCAUCCUAUCCUACUAGUAUAUCAUAGAAUCGCAGCUUGCUAGUUUACCUAUGAGAUCACAUGGUGGCUGAAGUCUGAAGAGAUGCAAGAAUUACAUUUUCAUAUUCAAUUACUUAAGAACAAAAAUAAUUUUAAAUAAUACUGAAAAAUGAAAAUUAUUUCAUUAGUCAAAUUAGUUCUUUGUGUCAUGAAAAAUGUGAAUAAUUAAAUUAUCAAAAUAAAAUCAA